GUCAUGCUUGUUACUUGAUAUUUUAACAACAUGAUCUUGAUUACUUAAUGCUGUCUUAGUUAGCAUUGUAAAGAAGACUGAUUAUAAGCAGCCGUGAACUGAAGACCUUCUCAGCCUCAGAUACGUGAGACUCCAGAAGAUCGCGUCAAACACUUGCGAGGAAGAUUCUGCUGAUGAGUCAGAAUUCAGCACAACGCUGACGAUUAAAAACAUCCACAAUGGACAGUGAAAGGCGGCGAAGUUUAAGUGUUGAUCACCCUAACAUGAGUGAUCUGAGGAUUGUUCUUCUGGGGAAGAAUCUAUCAGAAAACAGGAGAGUCAAAAACCUAAUUCUGGGAAUAGAUCUGUGUGAGACUGAAGAACCUACAGCAUUAGUGCAGCACAAUGUGACAAAAAACAGUGGAAUGGUGAAUGACAGAUGCGUCAUAGUCAUUAGCUCUCUUCAUCUGCUGAAUUUAAACUUCUCAGAUUAUCAGAUCAAACUGACAGUGAAAGAGUGUGUGAAUCAGUCUGAUCCAGGACCUCAUGCAUUCAUAAUUGUACUGCAGUAUAAAGACUUCACUGAAGAAGACAUGAGAAGAGUGAAACAAGUGCUGAAAGAAUUCAGUGAGGAUGCGAUUAAACGCACCAUUGUUAUCACGACUGAUAAAGAGACACACAGAUCAAUGAUUUGCUCUAUGAUCAGCCAUCCUGAACAGUUUAUUGUAUGCUAUGCUCAGGUGCCAACUAUUCAUCAAUUAACAAUGGAAUGUGGAGGAGGACAUCUUCAGCUGGAUGAAAGAAAAACAGCAUUGCAAUCAGAUAUAUUUCAAAGGGUUGGCAAGAUACUCAAAGAAAUCAAGGAAGAGUAUCUCACAUGUGACAUAUUUCAUGAUGCUACAGGAACGUCUGCAGACGAAGAGCAGCUAAAUUCAGAGGAAGAAAACAAGAAAAGCUCUCACCACAAUAACGAUGGAAAACCCAAAGAAAAGAGACAGAAAAGCAGAAGUGAUGAAGGAAGUCGCUUUUUGUCAGCAAAUUUAAAUAAAAAACAAAAGCUAAACUUGGUGCUGUGUGGAAGUAAUCCAACAUUUAAAGUUUCUGUGUCCAAACUUUUACGAGGGAAGAAGAUUAAACCUCCAGAUCAGAAAGCAAGCAAUAAAGAAUGUGUGAAGAAAGAGGAGAAGAUUCAUGGUCGUCUGAUCAGUGUGGUGGAGCUUCCAGCUCUCAGUCAGCUCUCAGAGGAGGAAGUGAUGCGUCAGACUCUCAACUGUAUGUCUCUCUGUGAUUCUGGAGUUCACAUGUUCAUCAUCAUUAUUCCUGAUGCUUCACUGACCAAUGAAGACAUAGCAGAAAUAGAAAAGAUUCAGAAGACUUUUUACUCCAAACAGCAUUUCAUGCUGCUAUUCAUAUUAGAGCGCAGUGGGAAGAAGGAAGAAGGACUUCCGUUAGAUUUUGUCAUAUCCGGCACAGAAUCUCAGAGGUUAUUCAGUCGCUGUGGAGGUCAGUACAGAUUGACAGGGUUAAAUGAACCUGGAAACUCAAGACAGAUCCCAGAACUACUGGAUUAUAUAGAGAAGAUGAGGACUGAACCAUAUUCACUUCAGAUGUAUGUGAAAACUCAAGAGAACAGAGUCAGACAUGAACUAGAGGAGAAACUGAGUGAAAUGAAGAGCAAAAUCAAAGAGUUACAGCAGACAAUUCAGUUAGAAGGUGCUGAAGGUGACACAGACGAUCAGGAGUGUUUGAGGAUUGUGCUGAUUGGGAGGACAGGAAGUGGGAAGAGUGCAACAGGAAACACUAUCCUGGGAAGAUAUGAGUUUCACAGCCAAUUAAGGCCAGAUUCAGUGACGACAGUUUGUAUGAAGGGGUUUGGUCAGAUUGAUGGUCGAUCAGUAGCUGUCGUUGAUACUCCAGGCCUCUUUGACACGACACUAUCAAAUGAUCAAGUGCUGGAAGAAAUAGUGAAAUGUAUUUCCAUGUCGUCACCUGGACCUCAUGUGUUUGUCAUUGUGUUGAGUUUGGGAAGAUUCACCAAAGAAUCAAUGGACGCUAUGGAUCUGAUAAAGCAGAUCUUUGGUCAUAAAGCUGCUCAGUUCAGCAUCGUUCUGUUCACUAGAGGAGAUGAACUAAACGAAUCCAUACAAGAUUAUGUGAGCAAAUAUAAUUGUGCUGAACUCAAGAAACUGGUCAGAGAUUGUGGAAACAGAUUCCUGGUUUUCAAUAAUAAUGAAAAACAAGACAAAACUCAAGUGUUUCAACUGUUAAAGAUGAUAGAAGAGGUGAAAAAUACUAAUCAGAGUCAGUACUUCACUAACAGCAUGUUUGAGGAGGCAGAGAUGUCCAUUAAAAAGAAAAUGGAGGAAAUACUGAAAGAAAGAGAAAGAGAGAUUCAGGCACAAAAUGAAACAUUAGAAGCCAAAUAUGAGAUGGAAAAGACAAACCUGAUGAAGAGACUCGAGGAAGAGAAAGAAAGAGCAGAUGAAGAGAGAACGAAAAUGGAGAAUCAAUUCAAAGAAAAAGAGGAAAAACUCAGAAAAGUGUUUGAAGAAAGAGAGAAAGCAGAACAGAAGAAACGAGAGACUGAAAAGCAGAAACAAUCAGAAGAGGAAAAACAGCAAAGAGCUGAAUAUAAUAAAAAAAUAGAAGAAAUGAAGAGAAAGAUUGAAAACCAGAGAUCACAGUAUGAAAAACAACAAAAAGAGAGAGAAGAAGAAGACAGAAAGAGAGAACAGAAAUACAGACGAGAUAAAGAAGAGAUGAAAAAUAAACAAAAACGUAUUAUAGCAGAAUUACAGAUUAAACAAGAAGAAGAAACAAAAAAGAGAAGUCUGGAGGAAAAACAGAGGAAUGAAGAAGAAGAGGAGGAGAGACAGAGAUGGCAAAGGAAAAUAAAAGAGGCUGAAAAUGACAGAAAAGAGAUUCAAGAGGAAAUUAAACGACAGCAAAGAGAAUGGGAGGAUGAAAAGAAACGACAGAUGAGAGAACGAGAAGAAGAAGAAAGAAAGAGAAAAGAGAAACACGAGGAACAGCUGAGAGAAAAACAAGAAGAACUGGAGAAAAUGAGAAAGAAAUUUGAAAGAGAGAGAGAAGAAGAACAACACAAGAUAGAGGAGGAGAGACAGAAACAGAGAAGAGAAAGAGAAGAAAAAGAGAGAGAAUAUGAAGACAAGAAAACUGAAAUGGAAAGACAUUAUGAACGACUGGAACGAGAGAGAAAAGAGGAGUGGGAGAGAAGAAAACGAGAAGAGGAUGAAAGACGAGAGGAAGAGAGAAAGAGAUGGAAGAAAAUGCAUGAUGAUCUGAAACGAGAGCAGGAAGAAGAGAUCAAGAGAAGAGAAAAGGAGGAGAAGGAAAGAAAAGAAAGAGAAGAGAAAGAGCGAGAUGAAAUAAAAAAGGAAUAUGAAGAGAAAAUAAAAGUCAUAAAGAAGAAGCAUGAAGAUGAAGCCAGAAAACAAGCAGAAGAACUGAAUGAUUUCAGAGAGAGAAAGGAGCAGCACAUUCAGGAGCUCCAACAGAUGCUGGAAGAUCGUCAGAAACAACAUGAACUACUGGAAAGACUCCACAAACACCUGCAGGAGCAGAAAGGAGCUGAAAUAAAGGAGCUGCAACAAGAAGUUGAAAAACUGAAAAAUAAAACAAGUGGCUGUGUCAUUCUGUGA